GCAAGCUGCCAAAGAGAUAAGGUUAUUGUAAACACCAGGACGACAAAAACGACCAAGCUCAUAGCAAUUGCGGGCAUAUACGUACGUAUAUGAUGCAGAACUCCCAUGUCCCAAAGUUCGGCAACUGGGAAAACGAGGACAUACCAUACACAGCCUACUUUGAAAACGCGCGCAAGGACAAACCCGUCGGCAACGUUAAGAUCAACCCAAACGACCCUGAGGAGAAUCCAGAGGCCUUCAUGAUGAUGAUGAUGAUGCAGAGAAGGGGAUCAUCGCGUUCUCAAGAAGGCAACAUUUCCUCUCAUCAUAAUCCCGAUUCAUCCGUCCUUCCGACGGCGGCAGUGCAGCCUCCUCGCCGCCUCAUGAAGAGUGCUAGUGCCGAAAAAUCGCGCCACGCCGAGCACCGCGCACAUCACAGAAACGGUAUUGCUGAUACCAACACUAAUUAUAGCAGUACUAAUACUACUCUCGGCAAUAAUCACAAGAGCCCCGCGUCGGAAUCUGGUAGCGAUCAAAAGACCAGUUCCGAUAAUUCGCUCUUGAAUCGUCCUAAUCAAGGGCGUUAUGUAAGAUCUGAUGAUUAUAAGAAGAAGACGAGUACUACUUCUUCGGGUCGAGGGAGUGAUAGUUCUAGCUCGGCUUCAGAACAAGGGCACCAUAGAAGACAGAGAAGUAGCAGUACUAAUCACUCUUCUGAUCACCAACAACAUCAGCAUCACAGGGCAGCAUCAAUACCUGAAUUUGGGUCAUGGGAUGUAAAUGAUCCAAAAGCUGGAGAAGGGUUCACUGUAAUUUUUAAUAAAAUGAAAGAAGAAAAGCAAAACUAUGGAGCUAUCGAGGUCCCAACUAUGCCGCCCCCACGGCCACCAACCAAUCACCUGAAAGAUCGGAGCAAGCGUUCUUGCGUGUCAAAGAUAUGUUGCUGUAUGUCUUCAAGUGGAAGCGAAUGAUAAACUCAGCUUUUGAUCUUGUUAUUAUAAUUUUUAUGCCAGCUUAUUGUAUUUGCCUUUUCUCGUUUUUUUUUUUUUUAAGAGAGAAACUGUAUUUGCAAUUCUUAUAAGCGAAUAUUAUAGACUUUACUUGUUUUGGUUGUUGCAUAGUGGAAGUUUUAUCAUUUUUUAAUUAUAAUGGAUCACCUGAAGUCCUGAACACAUUUGUAACAAUAUUGGACACCAUUACUAAUGGAUUAUAAUGGAUUCAGGACACCAUAACAAUAUUGAACACAUUUGUAACACAUUUUUUAAUUAUAAUGGAUU